AUGCAACUCAUCCCGUCUCUUGGACAACUCCCCAUACUUCUCAUUGUGAUCAGCUUUGUAUGUUUGGCGUUGGCUGAAGAUAUCAACUCCGGAGGGCUCCAAGUGAGCACUGCGGAGUCUAAAGCUACGAUCCCCAACACUGAAGUAGCAACCUCCAAAGCCAUGAUCCCCAACGCUGGAGUGGCAACCUCUGAAGCCAUGAUCUCCAACACUGGAGUGGCAACUUCCGAAGCCAUGAGCCUCAACACCGAAGUGGCAACCUCUGAAGCCACAACUUCCCCAGUGGUGACUGCUCCUCCAGUAGUGACAAUCCCCAACACUGGAGUGGCAACCUCUGAAGCCACAACUCCCCCAGUAGUGACUGCUCCCCCAGUGGUGACUGCUCCUCCAGUAGUGGCAGUUCCUCCAGUAGUGGUUGUUCCUCCAGUAGUGGCUGUUCCUCCAGUAGUGGCUGUUCCUCCAGUAGUGGCAGGUCCCCCAGUAGUGGCAGGUCCUCCAGUAGUGGCAGGUCCUCCAGUAGUGGCUGUUCCUCCAGUAGUGGCAGCUCCUCCAGUAGUGGCAGGUCCCCCAGUAGCAGCAGGUCCUUCAGUAGUGGUAACGACAGCAACCAAGUCACCACCAACUGAGACUGGUGUUGCAACGUCUUGCCCCAUACCAAAGGAAGUAAAACGUGUGUACUUUGAAACAGAUGAGGAGCUAGAUGCAUACUAUGGCAUCGUCCGACGAGAUAUCAACAGGGACGUCAAGAUCAGAGGUCGUUCUAUCGAGAAGAGAACUAAUGUUUGUGGGUUCCUUGAGUUGAGGGAUCAGGAUGUGGCCAACGACGGAUGCCAAGCUGUUCUUCCCAGUGCCUUUGUGAUUGAUGCUGCUGGGAACCUUGUUGAGCAACAAGUACAAGAUCAGCCAGCGGGUGCUGCUUGUGACCAUAUCAUCGAACUUCAACUCAUCGCAGACGUGAUGCAAAACACCGGUGCCUGCACCGCCGCUGAACUCAUGCUUAAAGCAGGAGGCUUUAAAGCCGCAGGGGCCGGAGCAGUCUCCUUAACUGAAAAAAUGAAGGCUCUCAUUGACACACACAUCGUCCCAGUCGCAAAUGGCCAAAAUAACGUUGUCUUUCUCGAUUCAGGCGUAAACCAAGCCAAGAACAUCUAUGUUCAACAAUUCAAGGGGAUAGCUACUGCCCAACUUCCCCGCGGGGCGGAUGUUAACAACGGUGCAAGCGCGGCAAGGAUCCAGAGUUAUCUGACGAAUGCUGGUAUUGUGGCAAGGACGACCGCGGGGGCUGUGGAUCUUGAUAAUGCUAUUAGGAACUUCUUGAACGCGGCGAAAGUUGAAGCGACGAACGAGUUGGAGAACAGGCAGGCGAAGGCUGGGCAGCAGUGUACGGAGAGGCAGCAGGUGAUAUUUGCGCAGGAUGCGACGACGAUUGAUGCGGAACCUGCGAGGAGUAGUAAUGCGAAUUUUCCGUCUGUACAGGCUCUUUGGGCCAGGAUCUCUGAUGUGUAG